AUGGCUACGCAGGAGAAUGAGAUCGCUCUCUCAACGAAGUUUGCUAACAUGUCGAUACCGCCGCAAAUGAGUGUCUCUACCUCCCCAACUGCGACUUUUCAAACUCCACCAGGCGGAUUUGGGAGUCUCACUCGCACGAACACCGUUCCUAAAUUGCUGAAGCCUUUCAACACCACGGAUAUCAAAAUUCUGCUUCUAGAAAACGUCAACCAGAGCGGAAAGGACAUUCUCUCCGGGCAGGGUUACCAAGUCGAAUCUGUGAAAAGCUCGUUGCCAGAAGAUCAAUUGAUCGAAAAGAUCCGCGACGUUCACGUCAUCGGAAUCAGAUCAAAAACAAAACUCACCGAGAAAGUUCUUCGUGAGGCAAAAAACUUGAUUGUCGUCGGUUGUUUCUGCAUUGGAACCAACCAGGUCAAUCUCAAUUAUGCUGCAAAGCAAGGAAUUGCAGUGUUCAAUAGUCCAUUCGCAAACUCAAGGAGUGUUGCGGAAUUGGUAAUUGGUGAAAUUAUCGUGCUCGCCAGACAACUUGGUGAUCGUUCAAACGAGUUGCACAAUGGUAUCUGGAAUAAAGUGAGCGCAAAAUGUUGGGAAAUCAGGGGCAAAACCUUAGGUAUUGUUGGUUACGGACAUAUCGGAUCGCAACUUUCGGUCCUUGCCGAGUCAAUGGGCAUGAGCGUCGUUUACUAUGAUGUUGUCAACCUCAUGGCAAUGGGAACUUCGACUCAGGUCCCUACACUCAAUGACCUCUUGAACAAGGCAGACUUCGUUACCUUACAUGUUCCUGAAUUGCCAGAAACGGAAAACAUGAUUGGAGCUGCGCAGUUUGAACAGAUGAAGAAAGGAAGUUACUUAAUCAAUGCCAGUCGAGGUUCAGUUGUGGAUAUUCCAGCGCUGAUCAACGCUUCUCGCAACGGCAUUAUUGCUGGAGCGGCUCUCGAUGUUUAUCCAAACGAACCAGGAGGAAACGGGGAUUACUUCAACAACAGCUUAAAUUCGUGGGGCGAGGAUCUUCGCAGUCUCAAGAAUGUAAUUCUGUCACCACAUAUUGGUGGAAGUACUGAGGAGGCACAAAGUGCAAUUGGUGUAGAAGUUGCUGGAGCUCUUGUCAGGUACAUUAACUCUGGUGUGACUUUAGGCGCUGUCAACUUUCCUGAGGUCAAUCUUCGCUCUCUCACAUUAGAUGAGUCGAAUCACGCUAGGGUUAUUUACAUUCAUCAAAAUGUUCCUGGUGUUUUGAGAAAAGUCAACGAGAUUCUCGGUGACCAUAACGUGGACAAGCAGACUACGGAUAGUAAGGGAGAUGUUGCUUAUCUCAUGGCCGACGUCAGCGAUGUCCGUACCAGUGAUUUGAAAGAUAUUUCUGAUGCACUGGAAGGCUUGAGUUCGAAAAUUGCUGUUCGUAUCCUUUAUUAA